CUUACCAAUCGGUGCGACCCGCUAAUCCGUGAAUGAGUUAAACGUACGAAAUUCGUGCGACCACCGACGCUAGUGUCUAAAGGAUUAUUCUUGAAAAAAUAAAAAAAAAAAAAUCUUCGUUAAAUCGGUGUAAAUUUACUUUCGAGUUCACGGAAAAAUGCCAUUUGUUUAACGUCGAAAAUGGGAGUUUUAGAAAUAGAUCAGCGCCUAAAUACGAUAAUGGAGUCAGCGCCAACGAAUUUAACAAUUGAAAAGCCCGUCGCCAGUGAUGUGCAUAAAAAGUGCUCCGGGAGCGUUGAAGAAAUGCAUGUUGAGUUCACAAAAUCACUUGAAAUCGAUAAUAGUAACAGUGAAAAUAGUAAUGCGUCGAAGCAACCACUUCCGGUUGGUGAAACAAAGAUACAACUCAGUUUUAGUGUUGAUCGUUUAUUGAAUAUCGAAGAACCCCAUUCAAAUGGUAGAAGUAGUGCAAAUGUAUCGCAUGAAGUUUGUGAAAGUGGGAAAAAUUGCAACUCAAGUGAAGUGAAGUGUUUUGACGGUGCGAAUAUGUGUGCUUAUGGUUCGUGUACGGAUCCAAAUUGUGCGGCACUCUUAGGCGGCGCUCCCACCGACAUGCAACUUGACAAUGUGUCGCGUAAUUUGAAAAAGUAUUCCAUUUCGGCGCUCACCAAUGAAAUGCAAGAGAAGUUCUAUCGACAAAUACCGUCUCUGGCACCGCCAUAUUUGGAUUUUAAAGCGAUCGUGCGACCGACGCCAAUUCGGAUGGUGAAUAAUGCGCGUGAGGCUGUGCAACUCCACACACCAUACUCCACCAUGGCCACAACUGCACUGCUACGUUUCCAACAACAGCAACAAAAAUCGGCUGCAACACACGCACAAAUGCUCGUCAAUACGCCAGGAAUUUUACAAAAUCUAGGUGGCACUGGCGCUGUUAGUUUAGGUCUCAAAUCUUUCCAUAACCCCACUUUGAAUAUGCCAAACUUUGCGCCACCGACGCUGUCAGUGCGUUUCCCCACGUUAAAGACACAUGCGCAUCAUUUACUGGACAUUCCCAUGAGUACCGCUAACCUUAUGAAUCACCAUCGACAGCACCAUCCGCAUCAUGUGACGCAAACGACAGACCUCACAACCUCAAGUCACGCCGCCGGCAGCAACACGUCCACACAACUACAACUAGCGACGGCAAGCGGGAGUAACGGAAGUAUGAAUAAUAGCAACAACAAUGGCAGCGGUGGUGGUGUGGGCGGUAGCAGUGGUGGCGGUAAACGGAAACGCUCUUGGUCACGUGCAGUGUUCAGCAAUUUGCAGCGCAAAGGGCUCGAAAUACAAUUCCAACAGCAAAAAUACAUAACGAAGCCCGACCGGCGUAAGCUCGCGGCGCGUCUCAACCUCACCGAUGCGCAGGUUAAGGUCUGGUUCCAGAAUCGUCGCAUGAAAUGGCGUCAUACGCGCGAAAAUCUAAAAAGUGGCCAGGAAAAGCAAAUACCAUCGGCGACCACAACAGGUGCAACGUCCAAUCACAAACAGGAGGGUAACGCACAAGUUGUUGCUGAAGAGAAGAACGGUAUGGACGGUUAUUCCAGCGAUGAUUCGUCUUGCGGUGAAUUAAGUGAGAAUGAAGAUGAAAUUGAUGUGGUGCAAUGAGGUAUAUUUCUUUUAGCGCGCUUACACACUGCGCUAAUUGUAUGUAGAUAUCAAUAAUUUUACUCGUAUAAAUACUCAAAAACAUAAAGAAACCAAAAAGUGUAUAUGAAGCAUUCAUAUUUAUUUACUCAUAAAAUUUUUGUUACUCAUUAGUGUUUAAUUAAAAUAAACUUGUUACGAUAUUG